AUGAAUUCCAAUAGGACAGAAAUCCAUCCCCAUUGUUUGAAUUGCCACCUCAUUGGAUGCAGCUACCAGGAAUGUCCUGUCAUAUCCUGUCCCCAAAGGUGUGGCCACAAAUUUCACAAAUGCAAGUAUGAUGAUCAUCAGUUCUUGUGCUCCCAAAUGAACGUACCCUGCCUAAAUGCUCAUUGUGGUUGUCCAUUUUUUGUUAUCAGAAGACAAAUGAGUGCUCAUUUGAAGAAAUGUCCUGCUUUUGUACUGUUUUGCAACCAGCAGUGGGGUGGGUGUAUCAAAUUUUUGCACGAUACCCCGUCUGAAGAGCCCUCUUCUCAUCAUUGCAUCAAAGCCCAGGACUCUCAGCUUGACGUAGCAUUGGCACUGAAGGAUAAGAAAGAACUUUAUAGGUUCAUGAAGAGUUUAUCAAAAAAAACUAUUCAGGAUCUUCGAUAUCAACUGACGUCUCCUCAAGGGUCACAAGUUCAAACAAUUUUUGUCCCAGGGCUCAAAGAAAGAUGUAUCCCAUCACCAUUGGUUAUAUUAAACCUUGAUAGAAUGUCUUUUCAAUGCGACAAUAUAAAGUUAUGUACAGAAGAAUCGAUCUCUGAAACGUUUGAGCAGCUAGAGAAACAUCGGCUGGAUCUUGAGGAGAGGUGCAUUUGUAAGAAAUUGUUCAACAUGUGUUUUCGUUCAUCUGUUCGCAAUUACAACACAGAUGACGCCGGUACAAACAAUGAUAGUGAAAAGGGAAAUAGUGGAAAGGUAAAGAGCUCUGACGUUGAUGACGUCAAUGAAGAUUGUGAGGAAGUGUGGGGGUCCAAUGGUUAUAACGACGAUCCAACAAAAUCAAGCCCCCAUACAUUAAAUAUCUCACCCUUUUUAAACCAUACCCUCUGCCUCAACAUGUGGCUUAAUGAUUAUUCAAAAAAGAUCAAACAAUCAGAGUUCAUGUACACAUUCCUGUGUGGAGAGCUCUUACGAAGAAAUGAAUUCAGCCAACACUACAAAAACUUUCAUCAAGAUAUUCAGUGUGGGUCGGACAGUUGGCUCGAUGUCAGGUGCCCGCUGGCCUGCUACGGCUGCACCUAUUCAGUUCGUAAGUUUAGACCAAGGUUUAACGCACAUCUCUUAUUCGAUAGGGAGAGUAGUAACUUUUGCGUUCGACCUGAUUCUGUUUUCGGGGAUGUCUCAAUUAGGAAUUCGGCAUCUUUAGAGUCGUCAUCCGCUGACGUACUGCUUGAAAAUAUCUUGGAAAAUUCAGAAGUUUCAAAUUUUGAUAAUAGUGAUAAGCACAUUCCUGUAAAAGCUAAACUCCGUGACCAACUUAACGCACGUAUACCUAUCCUAAUCACUGAUCUACCGGUCAUCGUGUUAGAUAGGAUAUUCUCCUACCUCGAUUCAAUAAGCUUGAAGAAGCUGUCAUUAACAUCUAAACAAUUCAGAAUGAUAUGCGAGGAGUACUUGAAAGAGAGGGGAAUGGUGGUUGAAGUUUGGGAGAAGAUUAAAUGUGGCGAUCUCUGCAAAUGGCGAGCCACAGGAUAUGUUUGUCUAUCUAUAAUUAAUUUUUUCCUUAUUUAA